UACACAGAGCAGAGGGUUAGUUUAAAAGAAUUUCUCAAGAUAUUAUAUUUCAAACCUGAAAUGUUUUCAACUGUGUUAUCUUUCCCUUUACCUGCAGACACUGAACAGUUAGGCAUGCCAUUUGUUUUGUUUUGAACUUGAUUGUAGUUUGCCUUGCUGCGCUUAAACGUUUUAUCUGUAUAUACUCGGCAUUCCUCCAAAUGUGGCAUGAUGGGAUGCUGACAAAGUAACUGCAGGAUGUGCAGUCUGUACCUUGGUGCUGCCUUACUAUUGUGUCUUACUCUCAGGCAAACUGGUCGGGGAGUCUAAUUUUAGCCCUCUACCAGGCCCGCUUGUUGAAAAAUUGAUCGAUAGCGGAGUCGCUGCUAUAGUAACAGUCACAGUUUUAAUGGUGGUCAGGUGUCACUGGAUCCCCUGUUCAGCAGAUAGUGUACGACAAUGAGUACAGUGCAGGAUGUGACCGCAUGAAAAAACAAAGCCAUCUGUGAAGUCACUGACAUGUCCAGGGGUUGUAACAGAAGAGAAAAGGGUGAUGACAGGGCGGACCUGUGUGGCUGGUGUAGCUGGUGGCUGGGAACACUGAAAGAUACACCCAACCCAGGCACCUAUCACAUCUGGGACUUCAUUGAGGAAGCUGACCUGAAUCCUGUAAGAAAGACUUAUGGUUUCAAAGGUGUGGGCAGGAAAGCCCAGACUCUGGGUGUGUGUAAGGGGGAUCUGCUGCUUCCCGGGGCGUAUGACUACAUCGACUCCACUCAGGAAGUCCUGAGAAACCAGGCAUCCUACUCUUUCAAAAACUGCCCCCGACCUGAUAUCAUCACCCUGGGAAUCAGAGACAAGGACAUAAACACUUCGCCGUGCGACUACAACGUAACAGCGAAACCAGUGGAGAAGAUUCCCUGCAAGCAUGUGAUGUUUCGGUCGACUGUGCAGCGGAUCAGCUUUCUGCCUAAAGAGGGACCUGCUCCAUGCCACUACAACCCACAGACCAGACCAGCUAAAGGCAUCACCUCCUGCUUCAAGUCUACUCUGCCUCGACUCCACAGUGUGAACUCAAAGACCCCAGGACCGGGGGCCUAUGAACCUUACUGGAAGCGGUCUGACUAUGGAGGUCACAGAUCCCUCAUUUAGCUGUUUUUCCACAUCAUUCCCAAGUGUGGACUUUAUUUCCCACAAUGCCAGGAUCUCAUUCUGUCUGAGUUCAACCUGAGCACAUGUGCCCCUCCUAAUUUAAAAAAUAAAAGUAAAAACCA